GUUUGAGAGUUCAUGGCGAUGAUGUUUCUGCGAGCGUGAUCCCAUUUCAAAAGAGGCAAGAUGUGACGAUCCUCAGCACGUCACCAUCGCUUGCAACUUCCCUUCCAACUUUUCCCAACCCCAAGCUAUCAACAUCUGAAUACCUUCACCAUUUCAGCUCAACAACUCCAUCUCACUGCCCUUAAGAUAUUGCUCCUUAGCAUCAAUUCACCUCUCAAUCAACAACCAAAACACCUAUAUAAUGUCUACCAGAUUCGCUAUUCGCCGUCUUGCCACCCCUCAUACUUUCCGCGCCUUCUCCACCACCCGCCCAGCAUUCAUCAAAGUCGGCGAGAAAAUCCCCAAUCUGGAUACUUUGGUUGAGAACUCACCCGCCAACAAGGUUAACUUGAGCGAGCUUACUACUGGGAAAGCUUUGAUCAUUGGUGUUCCAGCUGCUUUCAGUCCCUCAUGCUCCAAUUCUCACAUUCCAGGCUACAUCAAUCAUCCCAAGCUCAAGGAAGCAGGCGAUGUAUUUGUAGUUGCUGUCAAUGAUCCUUUUGUUACCAAAGCAUGGGGAUCAACUCUUGAUCCUACCGGUAAAUCGGGUAUCCGUUUCCUCGGCGACCCAACCGCCUCCUUCACCUCUGCGCUCGAUCUAACCUUCGAUGGCACCGCCAUCUUCGGCGGUCCUCGCAGCAAGCGUUACGCGCUCCAAAUCGAAGAUGGAAAAGUUAAAGCUCUUCAUGUCGAACCUGACAAUACUGGUUUAGAUGUCAGCGCCGCCGAAAAAGUCCUCGGCUAAACAUUCCAAGUCAAAUCGAAUCAUGAUGCCCCCCGUCACUCAAGUCUAGUCGAGACUUCUCACUUUGAUCAAUGGCAUAUUCGUUCAUCGCUUCUUGAAUCUUCGUAUGCUUCAUACCAACAUAUCAGAUAGCUUGCACAUGAACCGAUACCUCUGAAUAAAUGAAUAGUCAAAACA